AUGGUGGAUGAGCUCAAUGCUCGUUCUUCACGUAUUAGGACGUUGAGCGAUUCAUCCAGGAGUGAUGCAUCUUCUCCGUCGCAAUCAGGUGUCUCAGAGUUUUCUGGUCGAUUGGGCGAUUCUCGUGCGCAGAGACCGCUCGAACAGGGCCGAUCUCGCAAGCAGAAUAUACGAGAGCUCCGAGAAGAGUUCGAAGACUACCCUGAGCUCUAUGGCAUCCGCAGAUCUGGCCGAUGUCGUCGCGAACCAUUUCGGUUCAAACCACCGGAUUCUGGACCAGAAGGUCGUAUAAAAUCUAGGAGGAAACGGGUUUCGGAGAGUGGUACGGAAAGCGAAUCACAAGACAGCGAUGAUGAUGAUGAUCGGUGGGGCNGCAGACGAAACUACAAGAACCGUACGGUCAGGACCAGAGGAAAUCGCGUAAGCUACAAAAGUGCCUUCGCCGAUGAAAGCUUUGAUGAUUCUGCAGAUGAACCAUCGGAACAAACCAAUACCGUUAGCUUUCGCGGAGGUCAAUCCAAUUCUACCAGUCAACAGGCGUCCUUCCAGAAACCCAAGGGUCCUCUGGUCAGGAAGGCCUAUUCGUCUAAGGUGACACUCAGAGAAAACUUCGAUCAGCGAACGGAUUCCGACUCCGCAGAUCACAUUGGUACGCACAGUCAGGCUUCUGACGAUGAUGAGGUUGAAGAUAUGUACAAAGACAGGGACUGGGGUGAAGACGAAGCAGAUGUCAUUGAAGAGGUACUUCUUCACGCCAUACGUCGAAAGGGGGCUACUGGAAAUCCAACAACACUGUAUAAUACGAAGUUAGAAAAGGAUCUGAAUGCUGAUUUCGAUCCGGCAGUGGAACCUGGGGAAUUGCAGUUUCUCAUAAAGUGGCGAAAUUGGAGUCACAUCCAUUCUACAUGGGAGACUGAGACAUCUCUUCGCAGUCCGGAUCGCGGCUGUCCAGUACUCGGCCUUAAAAAACUGCAUGCUUAUCAGGCUGCCUUGCGCGAAAGAGAAGAACGCAUGCGUUAUGCUGAGCGCGAUGAUCUCGAAACGGUUGCUUAUGAGGAAGAACGCAGGGAGCAGAUAUUGGCUGAAAAAAUGGAUGUAGAGCGGAUCGUUGCACAUAGUCGCGAUACUGAGAGCAAUACGUUUGACUAUCUCAUCAAAUGGUUCCGGUUGGAUUAUCGAUUCUGUUCUUGGGAGUCCGGAAAGGUUAUCCGAGCCCUCUACUUACCAGCAGUUGAAAGCUAUGAGGCUCGCUGUCGGUCGCUGAAAAUACCUGAUAAAAAAUGUGCCGUGCUACAUACACGCCCUCACUUCGAGCCCCUUGUGACGCAGCCCAGUUAUCUAGGUAAUACGAAUGAUCUCAUACUUCGUGAUUAUCAGCUUGAGGGAAUUAAUUGGAUCGCCAGAGCAUGGUGUCGAGAGAAUAGUGUGAUCCUUGCAGAUGAAAUGGGGUUAGGCAAGACAAUUCAGUCCAUUGGUUUUUUGUCUUAUUUGUUCCACGCCCAUAAUUUACACGGACCGUUCCUAAUUGUCGUACCCCUUAGUACGGUGUCCAGUUGGCAAAAAGAACUUCAGGCUUGGGCACCGGAUAUGAACACAAUAAUCUAUACAGGUGAUCACGUUUCCCGACAGUUAAUUCGAGAACAUGAGUGGGCGGUUAGUGCCUCAAACGCCUCUCGUCGAUCACAAGCCCUGAAGUUUAAUGUAUGUGUUACCACUUACGAGAUAUUGCUCAAGGAUAAAUCAUGGCUUGGUCAGGUUUCAUGGGCGUUCUUGGGGGUUGAUGAGGCCCAUCGUUUAAAAAAUGAUGCGAGUCAGUUGUACAAAACACUCAAGACAUUUGAUACCAAUACAAGAUUGUUAAUCACAGGAACUCCUCUUCAAAAUACUAUGAAAGAACUUUGGGCACUUCUUCACUUCAUUAUGCCUGAACGUUUUCCAGAGUGGGAUGAAUUCGAGCAAACGUAUAGUGUGUCAGCUGACGAUCCCGCCUACCGAGUGGAUGUAGAUGCAUUCCACGGCCUUCAUAAAGUCCUCCGACCUUUUCUACUCAGACGAGUGAAGAAAGAUGUCGAAAGUUCAUUACCGGAAAAAAUUGAGCAGAUAUUACGCGUUGAUAUGACAAAGGAACAAGCGAAUAUUUAUAGGUUAAUCCUCGCCCGCAAUUAUGAUGGCCUAAUGAAAGUGACCCGUGGCCAUCGUGCGUCGUUCAUUAACAUUGUCAUGGAGUUGAAGAAAUGUUGUAAUCACGCUCAUCUGAUAGCACCUCCAUCGGAAGCAGAUAAAUCAGCAAUGUCCGGUGAGGACUACAUGUGGGCCAUCAUAAGGGGCUCUGGAAAAAUGACUUUACUCGAUAAACUGCUUCAACGCUUGAAAAGCAAAGGACAUCGGGUUCUUAUUUUCAGCCAGAUGGUACGAAUGUUGGAUUUACUAGCGGAUUAUCUUGCUAUACGUGGUUGGGGUUUUCAGCGGCUUGAUGGUUCGAUCCGCGGUGCGCUACGAAAACAAGCUUUGGAUCACUUCAAUGCGGAGGGCUCCACAGAUUUCUGCUUCUUACUUUCCACCCGUGCCGGGGGAUUGGGUAUUAACCUGGCAACUGCAGAUACCGUUAUUAUAUUUGAUUCAGACUGGAAUCCGCAAAAUGAUCUGCAGGCACAGGCACGCGCCCACCGUAUCGGACAAACGAAACAGGUUUCUGUUUAUCGGCUGGUGACGCGCGAGUCAGUUGAAGAGAAGAUCAUCGAGAGUGCUACCCGCAAGAUGGUUCUGGAUCAUUUAGUCAUUCAACGGAUGGAUUCUGCGGGCAAGGGCGGAAAGCGUGGUGAUACCGCAAAAGGACAGUUACUAACAGAAAUAUUACGUUAUGGCGCGGAGGGUUUGUUCAAACAAUCAGAUGAAGAAGCAGCAGACCUUGAGGUAGACAUCGAUGACAUUUUAAACAGAGCAGAAACUCGUGAUACAGAAGCAACAGCGGAGGCCAAUCCGGCGAAUAUACUUCUUUCGUCUUUCAAGGUGGUUACGCUAGAUGCUCAUGAUGAUGAUCCAGAGGAUAACCAAACUAAUCACGCAGACCAAAAGGGUUGGGAUCAGAUUAUUCCAAGUGAACUUCGCGGACAACUCAAGGCUGAAGAAAUGCAAAAAACAUUAGUAGAUCUUGAGCUUGGACCGAGAAGGCGCAGGAAAGUUAGAACUUUCCAAGCUGGUAUGGAUCCAUUACCCACUUCAGGCAGUUCAUCCGAUGAUGAAGUAGAAAGCAAACAAUCCACUUCACAGCUUUCAGACAAAGAAAUCCGUGCAUUGGUGCGAGCAAUCAAACGUUUUGCUCGCCCCCUUGAGCGAAUAGAUGCGAUUGCUGCUGAUGCGGAGCUUCCAGAUCGAACAGAGGGAGAAUUACGCGAAGUGGUGGAUGCAGUUCUGAGGGGUUGCAAAGCCGCUAUGGAAGCUGCUGCAAAUGCAAAUGAAGAACAAAAGUCAACCGGGAGCAAGGGUCCAGUUUUUCAGUAUGGUCGUGUGUCUGUUGCGGCAAAACCUCUUUUACAAAGCCUACAAUACUUGGAAACGUUACAUCAGUGCCUCCCAAGUGGCGGUAAGGAGGCCAGAAUGGCUUUCGAGCUUCCAUUUCUUCCCAAGUUAGUUGCUUGGUCUUGCCCGUGGGAUACGUCUGAUGAUGUCCGUUUACUUGCUGGCGUCUAUGAGCAUGGUUAUGAUAAUUGGGAGGCAAUCAAGUUAGAUGCUGAUCUUGGCUUGGGUUCCAAGCUGUUACCUGUGUCUCAAACAGAACGCCCUCAAGCUAGUCAUAUUCGUUCUCGCGUGGAUUACUUGUUACGGAUGCUUGCCAAGCAUUCGCAGCAAAAAUUGGACCCAGAUUCUCCCAGUGGUUCCAUUAAUAAAAAACGGAAACAAAUUGAAAACACACCUGGAUCAGUGGAUUCCAAAGGCAGACACGGGCAUAAGAAGCAUCGGAGUUCCACAAGGGUGCCAGUGAAUUCGAGCUCCUCCGCGAAUAUAAACAAACCGAAGUCCGCUGAAUUUGUAGAUACGGAGGAUUCCUCUUCCGACUCGGACGAAUCAGAUCGGCCAAAAACAACCAGUACUGUACCCGCAAAGCGUCCAAAGAUCGAAGGAACCAAAAGUAAAUCAGAAGCGAAGGGCAGACCGUCUGAGCAAAGCGAAAAGUCGCAAAAAGUUAGUACUCCAAACCCAUCGUCUUUCGAUUCGGUCUCCGUCACUAAAGAAGAAGAACGGGAGUUCCGGGAGAUGCGUGGUGCACUAUUUCUCAAGUGCAAGGAGAAGCUUCUGCCCAUUAAAAAACAUUUCAAGCAUUUGGAACGCUUAGAGGAUUCAUCAACUGAAGACACUGAACAGUUUUCAAGGGUCAUUUUACGUAUUGGCGAUCACAUCCACGACCUCGUUCGAGAUGUGUCGGAUAAGAAUACCCGGCACUUCUGGAAAAACUACUUGUGGGAAUUCGUUCAACUGUUUUCAAAGAAGUCUACGGAUGAGCUACGACAUGUCUAUCAUCGUGCUGUUAAGAAACGUCUUAAGAGCACUGAAGAAACAGAUCAGUUACAUCAGAACUCUCACGAGGCAAAUUCUCGUGAUGCAGAUAACUCCGACACACCCAGGAAACAUCACCAGCAUCGGAGUCGAUCAAGUGGCGAUCGAGAUCGCCGACAUUCAUGGGAUAGACGUACCGAUCGUCGGGACUCUCCGGAUCGUGGACAUCCCGGUCGAAAUAUACCCAACAGCUAUCAUCGUGAGAAGUAA